CGCGAUCUUUGACUAUAAAAGCUGACGGCAGGCUGCGAAAGAUCGUCAGUCAACUGUGUGUGCUCUUCCAGCUCUAAGUGUUACCCAAACGCUUCGUUGUUCGUCAACUAAAACCCUCCACAAAAACCACCCAAAAUGUACAAGCUGUUCGUUGUUGCUUGCGUUCUGGCCGUCGCUGCCGCCGCCCCAGGACUCGUAGUCCCAGCCGUCCCGGUUGUGCACUCGGCCCCGCUGGUCCAUGCUGCCCCGGUUGCCGUUAGCCACUCGUCGUCGCACGUGGUGCAUCAUGCCCCAGUGGUGAAGACUGUUGCCGUCCACUCGGCACCGGUCGUCGCCGUCCACCACACCCCGGUCGUGAAGGCUGUCCCGGUUGUGCACCACGCCCCGGUCGUCCACCAUGCCCCGCUCGUCCACGCCCCGGUCGUCAAGACCGUCGUCCACUCGGCCCCGGUUGUCCACUCCGUGCACCCAGUGCCGGUGGUCAAGAGCGUCGUCGCCAGCCCGGUCGUCGUCCACCAUCACUAAAGUGUGGUACACUUAGAGAUCCGCCAUCGCCACCAGUAACUUUUUCUAACACCAGACACCAACAACACCUCCAACACAACUUCCGGCAACCCGGCCCGAACGGGUGCAUGUAAAUAUCAAAACACACACACACACAGAAAAACUCCCCAACUUCAUCAGGCGAACAAAUUUGAGUCAAUCGAGAGCACGAGUGUGUGUGUGACUGUGAGAAGAGGAGCGAUAGAAAGAGCUAUGAACAACGUAUCAAUACAACUUUGUUGAAAAAGUUAAA